CUCAAAUGAGCUUGCAUUUUCGACGUCAGCUGUCAUUAAUUUCUAUCACCAAUGAAUACGAUUAUUCGUUCAUUAUUUUAGAUUUUGCUGAUUUGUGUGAAAUAUUUGGAUUUACAUGUUGAUCUAUUGAUAAAAAUAUUAAAUAUUCAAGCGUUUAGAAGUUGAAUUGUGAAAUGGAUCGUCUUCUACGUCUUGGUGGUGGAGUGCCAGGCCUCUCACAGGCUCCUCCUCCCACUGAUGCGCCUGUGGUGGACACAGCAGAGCAGGUUUAUAUCUCAUCACUGGCCCUCUUGAAAAUGCUGAAGCAUGGCCGGGCUGGCGUCCCCAUGGAAGUCAUGGGUCUAAUGUUAGGUGAAUUUGUGGAUGACUAUACUGUGCGGGUGAUUGACGUGUUUGCUAUGCCUCAGACUGGUACAGGAGUGUCUGUAGAGGCGGUAGACCCCGUCUUCCAAGCUAAGAUGUUGGAUAUGCUGAAACAAACUGGACGCCCUGAAAUGGUGGUUGGCUGGUACCAUUCACAUCCUGGGUUUGGCUGCUGGUUGUCUGGGGUAGACAUAAACACUCAACAGUCAUUUGAGGCUCUUUCUGAACGAGCUGUGGCUGUGGUAGUUGACCCUAUUCAGUCAGUGAAAGGAAAAGUCGUCAUUGAUGCAUUCCGUCUCAUCAAUCCCAACAUGAUGGUCCUUGGGCAGGAACCGAGGCAGACCACUUCAAACUUGGGUCAUUUACAAAAGCCUUCCGUUCAAGCUCUCAUCCACGGCCUAAACCGCCACUACUACUCAAUCAGUAUAAACUACAGGAAGAACGAACUGGAGCAGAAAAUGUUAUUGAAUCUACACAAAAAAUCCUGGAUGGAUGGCCUUACUCUCUCAGACUACAAAGAACACUGUUCAAUCAACGAGACUACAGUCACAGACAUGCUUGACCUGGCUAAAAACUACAACAAAGCCUUAGAAGAUGAAGAGAAAAUGACUCCUGAACAGUUAGCCAUCAAAAACGUUGGCAAGCAAGACCCCAAGAGGCAUUUAGAAGAAAAAGUAGAUGUUCUCAUGUCAAACAACAUAGUCCAAUCUCUUGGUGCAAUGCUCGACACCAUGGUGUUCAAAUGAUCUCGGUGUGAGACAUUUAGUAAUGUAAAGUGUUAAGACA